UACAAGUGUUAUUUGUCUUCCAAAGUACUGAUUCUGCUACUAGGAGUCGCAAGUGGAUGGAACUAUCGGCUAGAACUCGAAAAUGAAGAAAUAUUUACCACAUGCAAAGAACAAUCAGCAAACUUCAAGGAUAUGACAGACUUGUUCGAUUUUUCGCAAGUAACGCUACAAGAGAUUGGUGAUAAAGUACAAGUAUCAGGAAAUGCUACGUCUAAAUGGAAUUAUGAUCCAACCGAUCAUCUUGAAGCUUCAGUAACGGUGUUGUAUUUUUAUCGUCGAGAAUGGGUGAAUACCUUGAUAAGCAUGGUAUUUAAAGACUUCUGUAAUGUCAUUUAUGAUGAAAAACAGGAAGUUUACAGGAUUUGGUCCAAGUAUAGGAAGGAUAAAUGUCUUUUAAAUGGUACAAAAUUUAUUUAUGAAACAUUUACAGUAGAUAUGAUGCUUAAGGUACCAAUGAUUGGUCCUGAAGGACGACAUAAGGUGAUAAUCAUGGUAAAAGCUAUUGAUAUAAAUCAAAUGGUGCGCAAUCCAAUCUUUUGCACCGAAAUUAUAGGUGAGGUAAUUAGAGUUUAAUUGUAUGUGGCAGAAAAUAAAAUUAAAUAAAUAAUAGCUGGGAAUCAAGCUGGUUUGUAAUACGAGUACAACAAGAACGCAAAAACUAUAA